GUGCAGGGUCAUCUGUCAUAAAGGGGAGGAACAAGAAGCUCAGAACUGCAGACAUGGGUAUACUCACCUAUGAAGAUGUGCACGUGAACUUCACACAGGAAGAGUGGGCUUUGCUGGAUCCUUCCCAGAAGGGUCUCUACAAAGAUGUGAUGCUAGAGACCUAUGGGAAUCUGACUGCUAUAGGCUACGUUUGGGAAGAUCAUAAUAUUGAAGAAAACUUUCAAAGAUCUAGAAGAUAUGAAAGGCAUGAAAGAAGUCAUACUGAACAGCAACCCUCUGAGAUUUUUCAGCGUGGGCAAGCCUUUUCAUUUCAGAGUCAUAACCUAAGACAAGAAAGAAUUCAUACUGGAGAGAAACCCUAUGAAGGUGUCCAACAUUUUGAAGCCUUUGCAUAUCACAGUAGUCUCCAAAUACAUAAAACAAGAGUUGAUGGAGAGAAAACCUAUGAGUGUAACCAAUGUGGUAAAGAUUUUGUAUCUUACAGCUAUCUUCAAACUCAUCAAAGGGUACAUACUGGCCGGAAAGGUUUUGAAUGUAACCAUUGUGGUAAAGCCUUUUUAAAAAACAGUAAUCUCCAAAAACAUAAAAGAACACAUACUGGAGAGAAGCGUUAUGAAUGUAGCCAAUGUGGCAAACACUUUUCACAUCCGAAUGGUUUGUUAUAUCACAAAAGUUUACACACAGGAGAGAAACCCCAUGUGUGUCAUCAGUGUGGUAAAGCCUUUAGAGUUAAAAGUCAUCUUCAAAUGCAUAGAAGAACACAUACUGGAGAGAAACCUUUUGAAUGUAACCAAUGUGGUAAAGCCUUUGCACAAAAUAGUAGUCUUCUAACACAUAAAAGAAUACAUACUGGACAGAAACCUUUUCAGUGUAACCAAUGUGGUAAAGCCUUUUCAAGUAACUGCCAUCUCCUAAGACAUAAAAGCACACACACUGGAGAGAAACCUUUCAAAUGUAACCAAUGUGGUAAAGCCUUUGCAAGAAACUGUCAUCUCCUAACACAUACAAUAAUACAUACUGGAGAGAAACCUUUUGAAUGUAACCAAUGUGGUAAAGCCUUUGCACAAAAUAGUACUCUUCUAACACAUAAAAAAACACAUACUGGAGAGAAACAUUUUGAAUGUAACCAAUGUGAUAAAGCCUUUAGAAAUAUGGGUAAUCUUCUAACACAUAAAAGAAUACAUACUGGAGAGAAACCUUUUGAAUGUAACCAGUGUGGUAAAGCCUUUGUACAAAAUGGUAAUCUUCUAACACAUAAAAGAAUACAUACUGGAGAGAAACCUUUUGAAUGUAACCAAUGUGGUAAAGUCUUUGCACGAAAUAGUAAUCUUGUAACACAUAAAAGAGUACAUACUGGAGAGAAACCUUUUCAAUGUAACCAGUGUGGUAAAGCCUUUGCACAUAACUGUGAGCUCCAAAUACACAAAAGAAAACAUACUGGAGAGAAACCCUAUGAAUGUCAUCAAUGUGGCAAAACUUUUUCAAGUCUAUCUGGAUUCACAUAUCAUAAAAGAACGCAUAACUCAUACAGGAGAGAAACCCCAUGAAUGCAAUCAAUGUUGUUAAUCCUUGUUGUCCUUGUUUUUAAUAACUGCAUUGUAUUCCAUUGUAUAAAUGAAACAUUUUUUUUUUUUACUCCUUUGUCUGCUGAGAGAUAUCUGGAUGGUUUCCAGUU